AUGGACAAUGGGAUGGUCUCUGGCUUUAUCAUGAUCAAAAACUUCUUCCUCUUCUGCGUUUCCAUGAGUUUAGCCAGCCACUUCGGCUUCUCGCAAACGCCAACAGCAUCGGGAAAAGAGGACGCCAAUGAUAACAUCACUAUAUUCACCAGGAUCUUGGACGGUCUGCUGGACGGCUACGACAACCGACUGCGCCCGGGACUGGGAGAGAGGAUAACUCAGGUGAAAACAGACAUCUAUGUCACCAGUUUUGGUCCUGUGUCAGACACAGAAAUGGAAUACACCAUUGACGUUUUUUUCCGACAAAGCUGGAAAGACGAAAGACUGCGAUUCAAAGGACCUAUGCAACGCCUCCCUCUUAACAAUCUGCUUGCCAGCAAGAUUUGGACCCCGGACACUUUUUUCCACAAUGGCAAGAAAUCUAUUGCUCACAACAUGACAACCCCAAACAAGCUUCUGCGCCUGGAGGAUGAUGGCACUCUGCUCUAUACCAUGAGAUUGACCAUCUCUGCUGAAUGUCCCAUGCAGCUUGAAGAUUUCCCCAUGGAUGCACAUGCUUGCCCAUUAAAAUUUGGAAGCUAUGCUUACCCCAAUUCUGAAGUGAUCUAUGUGUGGACUAAUAGCACCACAACGUCUGUGGUGGUGGCUGAAGACGGUUCACGGCUUAACCAGUACCACCUGAUGGGACAAACUGUAGGAACUGAAAACAUCAGUACCAGUACCGGUGAAUAUACUAUUAUGACAGCCCAUUUUCAUCUGAAAAGAAAAAUUGGUUAUUUUGUCAUCCAGACGUACCUUCCUUGCAUUAUGACUGUGAUCUUAUCACAAGUGUCGUUUUGGCUAAACAGAGAAUCUGUCCCUGCUAGGACUGUCUUUGGAGUAACAACAGUCCUCACCAUGACCACCUUAAGUAUCAGUGCCCGUAACUCUUUGCCAAAAGUGGCCUAUGCUACGGCAAUGGACUGGUUUAUAGCUGUCUGCUAUGCCUUUGUAUUUUCUGCAUUGAUUGAAUUUGCAACAGUCAACUAUUUCACCAAGAGGAGUUGGGCAUGGGAUGGCAAAAAAGCCCUGGAAGCUGCUAAAAUCAAGAAAAAAGAGCGUGAAUUACUGGGAAAUAAAUCAACUAAUACUUACAGCACUGGGAAGAUGACCCCCGCACCAAACAUGCCAAAGGACUCAGCCCCAUCUGUCAUCUCAAACACUGCAUCUGCUCCAGUGAAGUCUGCAGAAGAAAAGCCAGCUGAAAGCAAAAAGACUUACAACAGCAUCAGUAAGAUUGACAAAAUGUCUCGGAUAAUUUUUCCAGUGCUGUUUGGAACUUUUAACUUAGUUUACUGGGCCACAUAUUUGAAUAGGGAGCCUGUUAUUAAAGGUGCCAAUUCUGCAAAAUAA